GUCACGGUUUUUGUAUAGAAGAGAGUUGUCGAAAUCUUCAGAAUUUCUUGCAAAAUUAUUUAAAUUAUCAUUAAAGGACUGCUAAUUGAAAUCACAGCGGUGUAGUAGUAGUAUAAACAGGAGAUUUUCUACAAUUGCAAACGAUGUCACUCCUUCCACCUGAAUAUGAUGAGGUGCAACCGCAAUAUUAUGAUCCUAGCUUCACUGCAGAUAUCAGUAACCAGAUGCGUAUCCCAGAAACCAUAAGUGUACAUGAUGACCAACAACAGGAAGAACGGGAACAAUGGAAAUAUAGUGCUGGAGAGAAAGUAGGAAAUACAAGGCGCAGUAUGAUUGUUCCAGAUAAAAUAGUUAUAGCAGGUGAUGAGAAACAUGUUGGAUUGAAGAAAGAUCUACCACUUAAUUUUGACGACACUUUCAUACCAAACAUGUCACAGCACGUUGGAAUCACUACUCCCCCUCGAGUCCUCACAUUGGAAGAACAAAGCUUCCCAACGGUUGAAGAAAUGGAAGAAGUAAAACAGCAGCAUCUACGCAGCAUGCCUGAACACAAUGGCGUGAUAAUACAGAGCAAAAGUCCUAGUCAACCUAUACCUUACACACCCGGUGUCACCCCACUAGAUGGCUCUCUAUUAGUAGAAGAUGAAGUUGAUGAUGUCACAGCUUUAAGACGUCAGGUAUCUAAACUAACACGACGGGUUAUGCAUCUAGAAGAGGACAAUCAGGCCAAGUCUAAUAGGGACCUUAUACUAUACCCUGUAAUAGUGCUAUACUUUAUUAUGAGAUUUGGACAGUGGCUAAUAAGGACAAAUUGAAAUGCUUGUGACACCUGACCUUGACCUGAAAGUCUUGGGAAAUUAGAAAGGAGACAGUUGGGCUUGGAGAAUUGGAGAGAUGACUUGCUGGUGCAAAAAUUGAUUGUACAAAAACAAUGUGUUUGAUCUGUAAUAUUAGAAUAUUUAUGUAGAGUUAACAACAAGAGGAUAGUGUCUGGAACAUUAACAUCUAUGAUGUCAUUACGAUUGAACAUUUUUAUCGUUGAGACUCUUUCUUCCUACGAUUGUUUAAUAUCAACAAUUCCCAGUCUGAGAACUAUUUUAGAAUAAAAAAGAUUUGUGUGAUCUUAACAAAAAACUUGCCAAUCUCAAUUUAUAGAAUGAGAAAGAUUUACUUGGGCAUUUAUUUGUUCCAGUAAAGGAGGAGAAACAUAUGUCUGUCCGAAAUCUGUUGCGAUACU